AUGCGUUCAAAUUAUGCAACAAAUACCGAGAAUGGGUCUGCAACUAAACCAUAACAAUAUUUUGAGGGUAAUAGAAAAGGAGAAGUGAAUGAAUUGAAAAUAUUGGUCAAGAAUACUAUUAAUGAAAAGGAUGACAAAAAGAAAAGAGAAGUAGUUAAGAAGGUGAUUGCUUACAUGACAUUGGGUAGAAUCGAUGUUUCUAAAUUAUUCCCAGAAAUGUGCAUGGCUUCUUAUACUAAUGAUCUGGUAUAGAAAAAGAUGAUUUAUUUGUAUCUGACCACUUAUGCUGAGUAGAACAAGGAUAUGGCAUUCAUGGCUAUAAGUACAUUUCAAAAGGAUUGCAAACACAAUGAUCCAAAAAUUCGUGGAUUUGCAUUGAGAAAUCUGUGCUCGCUUAGAUUCAGUGGUGCAAUAGAAUUUCUAAUGCCUGCAAUAAAGGAGGCAUUAUCAGAUAUUGAUGCAUAUGUCAGAAAAACUGCAAUUAUGGGAUGUGUGAAAGUGUUCUACAUGCAACCAGAGCAAUUAAAUAAUAUCGAAGACUAAUUGUAUAAGAUGAUAAGUGAUAAUGAUCCUCUCGUGAUUAUAAAUGCCAUCCAUGCACUAAAUGAAAUAUUAGCACAAGAAGGCGGGAUGGCAUUAUCCAAAAAGAUGGUUGAUUACUUAAUAGGGAGAUUGAAAGAGUUUAAUGAAUGGGGAUAGGCUACCAUUUUAGAUGAGCUAUCUAAAUACUCCCCAAAGGAUGAUAAGGAGAUGUUCAACAUCAUGAAUUUCUUAGAGGAGAGAUUGAAACAUUCCUGCUCUGCAAUUGUUUUAGGAGUUAUCAAGGUAUUUAUGAACUUUACUAAAAACAAACCUCAAAUAUAUGAAUAAGUUAUCACCAGAGUCAAACUACCAUUAGUUACUUUGGCCUCAAUUAGUGAAGGCAACUUUGAAAUAAUGUAUACAAUUCUGUGUCACAUCAAAUAUAUUGCAUCCAAAGGAUAUAACUCAGUAUUUGCAUCUGAUUACAAAUCCUUCUAUUGCAGAGUUGAUGAACCAACCUACAUCAAAUUAAUUAAACUUGAAAUUCUAUCAUUGAUUGCAUGUGACUUCAAUUUAGGAGACAUGCUUAAUGAAUUAGGAGAGUAUGUUACCGACGUUGAUCAAGAAAUCUCUAAGAAAUCAAUCUAAGCUUUGGGUUCUAUUGCCAUAAGAUUACCAGACUUAGCAACUGCCAUUGUAAAAUAAUUAUCUUCCUUUGUUACUCUCUAAGAUUAUAUCACAAAUGAGGUCAUUCUUGUAUUCAAAGACAUCUUGAGAAAAGAACCGAAGCACGUUAAAGAUUGUUUGGAAAUUAUUCAAUCUGAUAACAUUACAGAUUCAAAUUCAAAAAUUGCAUUGAUUUAUAUUUUGGGCCAAUUUGGUAGCCAAAUCCCUUUGGCUCCUUAUAUUCUAGAAACAUACAUAGGGGCCUAGGAAUCAGUUGAAUUAAAGCAUACUCUCCUUACAUCUUGUUUGAAAGUGUUUUUCGUUAGAGCACCAGAAAUGCACUAAGUCUUGGGUAAGUUAUUCUAUGUAAUUAUUGAUAAUGAGAAUGAAGAUAUAGAUCUAAAAGAUAGAGCUGCAUUUUAUUACAGAGCUUUAAAUUCAAAUCCAACUGAAGUCAAGUAACUUUGGCAAUAUAGCAUCAAAGUUGAUAAAUUCCUUGAAGAAACUAUCAUAAAUAAAGAAGCUCUUCUAUUUGAAUUUAAUUCUUUGUCUGUCAUCUAUGAGAAAAAUGUUAACAAAUUCAUCAAACCGAUUGAGUACUUCAAUAAUCUAAGAAACAAAGAGUUGUAGGAUCUUAAUUAAGAACAACAACAAACUCAAACAAGUGCUACUUAAGAGUAGACCUCUGAUGUUAUUGACAAUCCAUAAUAGUAAACCUACAGCUAGACUAAUGAUCUCCUUGAAAUUUCUGAAUAACCUCAAUCGCAGAAUUAUCUGGGUGUUGAUAGCUUCAUAGUCAAUUUUACUAUUGAUGCUGAUCAUUUUGAGAAUAUGUGGACUAAUUUAAAUGACGGUGCUACCUUUACAAGAAUGUUAGUUCGAAAUGACAUUGCCAAUGAAACUACAAUUGAAUAAUUAUUCAAGUAAUACAGGCUGUAUAAUAUUGCAGCAGGAGAAGAGGAGAAUGUGUUGAAAAUGUAUUUCUAUGGAUCCCACUAAUGCUAAGUCUUUUUUGAAUUUGAGAUUAACAAGAAUCUUAGCACAGUUAUAUUAAAUACCAGAUCUGAAAUCGAAGAUCAAGCUUAUUUAGCAUCUAAAUAUGUUGAAGAUUUUCUUAAAUAAGUUCAUUUAAUUGAAUGA